GGGAGAUUAUUAUAUAUGCCAGAUUAUGUAAUAUUAUUUGCUUUCCUGAGAUGGGUUGGUGAAUUAUUUUAUCCUCUCCUACAGGACAAAUUAGCAUAUUUUCGAAUAAAGGAGCUCAAGGAUGUCCUUACUCAGCUAGGACUUGCAAAGCAAGGAAAGAAGCAGGACCUUGUUGAUCGAAUAUUAGCUAUUCUCUCUGAUGAUCGUGUUUCUGGAAUGUGGGCCAAGAAAAAUGCCGUUGGGAAAGAGGAAGUUGCAAAGUUGGUAGAUGACACUUACAGAAAAAUGCAGAUAUCUGGUGCAACUGAUUUAGCAUCUAAAUCUGAUAGCAGUAAUGUAAAACUGAAAGAGGAACCUGAAGAACCUUAUAAAAUGGAUAAAAUUCGCUGCCUUUGUGGAAGCACACUACCAACUGAUUCAAUGAUUAAGUGUGAAGAUCCAAGGUGCAAUGUGUGGCAGCAUAUAGCAUGUGUGGUGAUCUCUGAGAAACCUGUGGAGGGUGUCCUACCAAAUACCCCUGAGAUUUUUUAUUGUGAAAUUUGUAGACUUCGUCGGGCAGAUCCCUUCUGGGUUACGGUGGCUCAUCCUUCAUAUCCUGUGAAGUUGACUAUUGCCAAUGUUCCUUCAGAUGGGUUGUAUAUACUACCACUGUUGAUCAUACACCUGCUGGCUAUGAGUUAUUUUUUGGGGGUUUUCUGCGAACUGUAUCCACAACAUCAACGAAUACAACUUUACGGGAGCUCAUUGGUCAAGACUUGGGUUUGCUCUCCAAUGGUCAUCAAUUCUGGUCUUCUCAGGGCCACUGAGUUUGCCUUUUGCAUUACUGCUCUUUCAUAUUACCUUUCUACCCGUUUUACCCAAGUAUCCUUAAUUUUAAAGUGGGAGGCAAAUUCUAGAGUUAAGGUAUUGGUGAUUCAGUUAAGGGAGAUACUCCAGGAAGAGAUGCAAGGUUUUCUUGGGGACAUCUCUUUCUUCCCGACUUUCUGCCCUUUCUUCCCUUGUUUAGGCUCCCGUGUAUAUUGUUUGUUGGGUGAUGACCGGUAUGAGACUGCAAGGAAUUGUUAUGGUAGUGCCUCAAGUCUUAAAAAUCUUUGUGGUGUGUUCAGACGAGACCUGAUGGAAGAUUUUGGAUUUUUGCAAAGGGUCAUCGGAAGUAUCUUCUUGAACUGCAUGAAACUGUUAAUGAAGGGCUGGAAUAAUAAUCAUGAUUCUGGUUGGAAGGAAAUCAAGAUAUUGAGCCUGUUUGCAGGAAAAAGAGAACAGUUUCUCUUUGAUGACUAUAUCCGUGGCAGGGAUAAUAACUACGUAACUUCGAAAAAUGCAAACAUUGACCUUUCCAGUAUCGCUAGAAAUAAGGGUGCUGAAGGGAAAGUGCAGAGGGACUAUGCUUCGGACGAGGCAUUGUCAGCGUCAGAUGUUAAGUGGGGAGCUGAAAGAGAUGCAUUUGUCAUCUACACGAAUAUAGAAGAUAGGGAGUGGACUUGUGAGGGUUACGAGCAGAGGAAACUUGGAAGCAAUUGGGAGAAUUUUAUGAAAUCUUGUUUUUAUUUUGUACUUCUCAAGGUUCUCAACAUGAUUCCCAAAGAGUCUGAAGGUGAGCGUUUUGAGGAUGCACUUGCUCGCGUUCGUCGUUGUGUUGGUGGUGGGGCUGCCACUGAAAAUGCUGAAAAUGCUGACAGUGACAGUGAUAUUGAAGUUGUUGCAGAUUUCAUUCCUGUCAAUCUUCGUUGUCCUAUGAGUGGAUUAAGAAUGAAGGUUGCUGGAAGAUUUGAGCCCUGUGUACAUAUGGGCUGUUUUGAUCUUGAAGUUUUUGUGGAAAUGAAUCAAAGGUCUAGGAAGUGGCAAUGCCCUAUUUGUCUCAAGAAUUAUUCUCUGGAGAAAAUCAUUAUAGAUCCUUAUUUCAAUCGAAUUAUAUCCAAGAUAAAAAAUUGUGGAGAAGAUGUGAAUGAGAUUGAGGUUAAGCCCGACGGUUCCUGGCGUGCGAAGACGGAAGGUGACCGUAGGGUUCUUGGGGAACUUGGGCUGUGGCACUUGCCUGAUGGUAGUCUCUGUCCCCCCAUGGAGGGAGAAUCUAAACCCAAACCAGAAUUUCCUGAAAAGAUUAAGAAGGAAGGUGGUUCUGAUAGCCAUGCUGGUUUAAAACUAGAAAUGAAGAAAAACCGAAACGGUUGCUGGGAAUUAAAUAAAUCUGAUGAUAUGCUGAAACUAUCGUCCGCCAAUAGAUUACCGGAACAUUUUGAAAACAACGUCCAUAAUAUAAUUCCUAUGAGCAGCAGUGCUACUGGCAGUGGUAGAGAUGGUGAAGAUGCUAGUGUCAAUCAGGAUGGAGUAGAAAACAUUGAUUUUGUCACAAGCCACGGCAUUGAACUGGAGUCAAUUUCCCUUUCUAUUGACCCAAGCUAUGAAUUUAAUGAGCAAAAUCCACCUGCACCUCUUGGGGAAGUAAUUAUCCUCAGCGAUUCAGAAGAAGAAAAUGAGCCACUAAUUUCUUCUGGAGCAAUCUACAAGGACCACCUCAUGGACAAUGGUGGAACCACUUUUUCUGUUUCCCAGCAAGGAAUUCCUGGUUCUUAUCCGGAAAAUCCUGCUGCCUUUGGUAAUGGUAUUGGUCUUUUCAAUGCUCACGAUGAUGAUUUUGGGAUGCAUAUGUGGCCUUUGCCUUCUUGUAGUCAAGAAGCCCCAGGUUUUCAGUUGUUUGGUUCAGAUGCAGAUGUAACAGAUGCCUUGGUUGAUGUGCAGCAUGGUUCUAUCAAUUGUCCGACUUCGGUUAGUGGGUACACAUUGACUGCAGAGACUGCCAUGGGAUCCGCUGCCCUUGUUCCCGAGUCAUCUGUUAAACAUACUAAUGUAAAUGAUGGCUUAGUUGAUAACCCUUUGCCAUUUAGUGGUAAUGAUCCUUCGCUUCAAAUAUUUCUUCCCACAAGGCCGUCUGAUGCAUCAACACAGGUUGAUAUGAGAGAUCUUCCAGAUGUUUCAAAUGGUAUUCGUAGUGAGGAUUGGAUUUCUCUCAGGCUUGGCGGUGGCAGUGGAGGGGGUCAUAGUGAGUCUGUAGCUUCAAAUGUUUUAAGCUCCAGGAAUCAAUUACAAUCCAAUAAUGGUGCCUUGGAUUCAUUGGCAGACACAGCUUCUUUACUUCUUGGUAUGAAUGAUAACAAGUCUGUUAAGACGAGUAGGGAAAUAUCUGAUAGUCCUUUUUCGUUUCCUCGACAAAGGCGUUCUGUAAGACCAAGAUUAUACCUUUCUAUUGACUCGGACUCUGAGUGAAGCUGUUCGCAACCAUAUUUGGAGGACAUCACUCAGUAAUAAAAUGUUACAAUACCAGAUGCAUCUCGUUUGAAGAAGUCUCCCAGAAGGUUUUGGGGAUUUGUUAUUGCUACCUAGUUGAUCUGUUUUUGGCAAAAAGGUAAUUUUCAGAUACCGAUAGGGACUCCGUGUGCUGCCACCUGGAGCAUUACUUUUGAUUGAUGAGCAGUUUUUAACUCUGUUCAAUUUAUCGGAGUUAGUUCCCCGCAAUUUCUAGUAUCUUUUGACUUCAUUAUCAUGGAUCUGCCCUUCUAGUAGGUCAGAGGCAAAAUCUUUUUCUUCUCUUUUCUUGAAUGACCUGCAGGUGUCUUUCUGGUUGAUUGUACAUUUGGAAGUCGUUUUAUUUGAAAAAUGUCAAAAAAAGUUAAAAAAUUUAAAAUUUUAUUGGUAUUAUUUUCUAGGUGUAGUUAGCAGGCUUUUGAAGAGGAGAAACGUUUCGGUUUUGCUCAAUGGCCUGUAAAUGCCUCACCUUCAGUUUCAGCGACUUGUAUACCAACUUAAAUUAUGUAUAUACAUAUUUUGGAGUUUGAUUAUUUCACAAUAUUUAUAUUGAUGAUCCUAUUAUAAUUCA